AUGAGGAACCAUACAAUGGUGACAACAUUUAUUCUUCUAGGACUCACAGAUGACCCCAACUGGCAAAUUGUAAUUUUCUUUUUUCUAUUUCUAACAUAUUUAUUGAGUAUUACUGGAAAUUUGACUAUUGUCCUGCUCACUUUGGUGAAUUCCCACCUCAAAACACCCAUGUAUUUCUUCCUUCAGAAUUUCUCCUUCUUAGAAAUCUCACUGACAUCUGCCUGCAUCCCUAGAUUCCUAGUCAGCAUUGUCACUAUGGAUAAAACAAUUUCCUAUGCGGCUUGUGUGGGCCAACUAUUUUUUCUCAUCUUCUUGGGUGCAUCAGAGUUUUUCCUGUUGGCUGCCAUGUCCUAUGACCGCUAUGUGGCCAUCUGCAAACCCCUUCAUUAUGCAACCGUUAUGAGCAGCAGGGUCUGCACCCAGCUGGUCCUUAGCUCUUGGUUGAGUGGGUUGUUAACAAUCUCUCCAGGACUUAUCAUGGGCCUGGGGUUGGAGUUCUGUGAUGCCAAUAUUAUUGACCACUUCAUCUGUGACUAUUCUCCUGUCCUGAAGCUCUCCUGCACAGAUACACGGGUUAUAGAAUUGUUAAGUUUUAUUUUGGCCAUUGUUACUCUCUUUAUUACAUUGUCCCUGGUGAUACUCUCCUAUGCAAAUAUCAUAAGAACAAUUUUGAAGAUCCCUUCUGCCCAGCAGAGGAAAAAGGCUUUUUCUACCUGUUCCUCCCACAUGAUUGUUGUUUCUAUCUCUUAUGGCAGCUGUAUUUUUAUGUAUAUUAAACCUUCUGCAGAGGAAAGGAUUUCUUUAACCAAGGGAGUGGCAGUACUCAGCACUUCAAUUGCACCUGUCUUAAAUCCUUUUAUAUAUACUCUGAGAAAUAAACAAGUGAAACAAGCCCUGAAGGAUAUAAUAAAAAAUCAGAUCUUCAUAACCUUAAAAUAAUAGCUUUGGCUUUUAUAAGAGCAUACCACUAAAGCUUGUUGAAAAUUGCUACAUAUAUCAACUACCCUUUUCAUAUAUUCCUUUAUUGUAUUUUUAUAUGAUGAUAAUGUCUGAAGUUAAUCAGAAA